UUUGCAUUCAUAUAUUUUAGUAUCGUCUCUCAACAGCUGAGGCAACAACAACAACAACUAACUAAACAAAAUCGAAAACUCCGGCCACGGAACCAACUAUUGACACAAAGAAAAAGGCAAUUCGCGUCAGUGAAGCAAUCGACGCAUUUGAUUCAAUUUAUGCACCCGACCCAUUUCACUCGAAACAAACCCUUGAUUGUUUGGAAGAUCAGAUGGCGUAUGUGGCUAGCAAUGAUCAGCAUGGCAAUGAGAUAAUGCGCGUCAUGUUGUCCACGGAGCCGGGCAAGCGGACAGUCGCCUCAUGCCAGAAUCUCAGAAUUAAUUGCAGUCCAGCCCGAACGCAGCCGGAUACGCGACCGGGACGUUACGAUCAUCGCCAUCGUUUCCAUUAUUUUGCGGAUACCACACCCAGUCAGCGACAGGAUGUGCGCCUCCUGCAGGAGCAGCACAUAGAUCACCAUCAGCAGCAGAGGGAGCGUCAGCAGCAGGAGAAGUUGGGGCUAGAGAAGCAACAACCAGAUAGGGUACAGAAGAAAAGGGUGCAGCAGGAGAAGACUCAGGGACAGACACAGAAAAAGGAACAGCUACAGCCAGAGAUGUCACAAUCUGAGAAGCAGCCUCAGCCGCAGAGGUUGCAACUGGAAAGAUCGCAUUCAGAGAAGAAAGCUCUGUCAGAGAAAUCGCAGCCGAAGAUGCAGUCGCAGCCAGAGUUGCAGUCGCAGCUGGUUAAAUCCCACUUGUCAAAGUCGCAGCCUGAGAAUAACUCGCGUUUGGCAAGUUCCCAACCGGAGACGCACUUGGAGAAGUCGCACUUGAAAAAGUCGCACUUGAAGGUAUACUUGGAGAAGGAGUACUUGGAGAAGGAGUACUUGGAGAAGGCGUACAUAGAGAAUUCGUAUACCGAAAAGACAUACUCGGAGAAGUUGCAGCCGGAGAAAUUGCAGCCGGAGAAGUUGCAGCCGGAGAAGUCGCACGCGGAGAAGUCGCACGCGGAGAAGUCGCCAGUAGAGAAAACGUACUUGGAGAAAUCGCAGCCUGAAAAGUCUCACGUAGAGAAGACGUACUUGGAGAAGUUGCAGCCGAAAAAAUCGCAGUUGGAAAAGUCGCAAUGGGAGAGUUGCAAGCUGGAGAAUUCGCUACCGGAGAAGCCGCAGUCGGCGAAAUUGAAACCGGAGAAAACGCAGCCGGCCAAGAAGUCCCAGCCGGGGAAGGCGCGUUCACAAAUGCUGUAUUCGGAGAUGAAUUUGGAGCCAGAUAAAAAGUCACAGGCAGUGAAGCUGAAGCCUGAAAAGUCUCAACCGGAUAUGCCUAAGCCAGAAAAGUCACAGCCGGUAAGGUCGCUGGCGGACAGGUCGCAUCUGGAUAAGUCGCUGCCGGAUAAGUCGCAUCUGGAUAAAUCACACUCGGAGAAAAAGGCACAAGCCGAGAAGUCGCACUCGCCGAAGUUGCAAGCGGAGAUGUCGCAACCGGACAAAAAGUCACAACCGGAAAAGCAUCCGCAAGCAGAGAAAAAGUCGCAUCCAGAGAUAUCGCAACCAGAGAUAUCGCAACCAGAGAUAUUGCCACCGGAAGGAAAGACACAGCCAGAGUAUUUACCGCCACCGAAAAGGGCACAACCUGUGACGCUACAGAUACAGACGAAGGAAAGUGUGAGCGUGGAAGAGCUGGCCCUGUGGAACAGCACCGAGGUAAUUGCGCAUAGCACGCUGCUCUCCACAGGCGAAUCGCAGGAUAGGAUCUACAAGAGAGGCAACAGUGCCAAUGCCUCGUCGAAAUCGCCAGACUCGCCCUUUUACGCUUGGCUGGCGGCCAAGAAUGAACUGCAACAGCAGCUGGCCAUGGAUCGCCGGCUGUACUCGGAGCUGGAGCAACAGCGUGCGGUGGAGCGUGCCCGCCUGGCGCAGCUGAAGUACGAGCGCUGGAUACAGGCCAAGACAAAUCAGAUGCGUCGCGCCAAAUCCGAUCUGAGCUCCGCACAGACGACGGCCAAAUCGCGACAGUCGCUGCCCGCCGACGAGGCGCAGCGACGCCUGCUCGAUUGGGAGCGCGAGAAGCGUGCCGAGCUCAAGGCGCAGCGGCUGGAGCGUGAGGCGUUCCUGGCACGCCAGAAUCUAAUUGAUUCGACGCGCCGUGAACUGAGCGCCGAGGCCUGGGAGCAGUGGGUCUAUGCGACGCGCAAUCGCCCCAAGCCCGUGGCCAUGGGCCGUGGCCUGGACUCGUUGCGCGCAUCCAAUGCGCCGCACUAUCGCAAUCCCAACGAGUGGCAGACGCUGUUGCCGACGGCCCGAACGGGACAGCAAGGACAGCAGCAGCCAACUCAGGCGACGGCGCAGGUGCGCAGCGGCCCGGACUAUGAGCGGCUGGAGCGACUGGCGCAGCCGCGACGCAAACUCUGGCGUCAGACGUUCAAUGAGCCCGUUCGUCUGACGACCAAGGAAUGCGGUAUGCCAGCCAAGACGACGACGGCGACAUUCGGCUCCGGGGGUGGAGGUGAGCACAACAGGGAUACGGAGCGUUUGCGUCUGAGCGAUGCCGCAUCACAGACCCAGCCGGAGGAUGCGGAGAUGACGCUGCUCGAGAAGAGUCGGAGAGCGGAUGCGACCACGGAUAGCUGCCUGUUGCGGCCGCAGCGUAGUCCCAUCAUCUGGAGCAAGAGCAAUGCGCAGCGUGUGCGUGAAAUGCGCAAGGUCGUCCAGCCGUCAGAAUGUGGCCAGGGGCCGCGCCAGCUGCGCGACGAUCAGCUGGAGCAGCUGCGCAAGCAGCAGGACAUGCAGAAUAGCAAAAUAUUGCCGCGCAAAUUCCAACAGAAGCGCGAACAAUUGCGCAAAAAACUGAAGGCCUGGGUCGAGGAGGGCAAGGCGCUGCCGGAGCGCAGUCUGAGCGACAGUUGCCGCAAUCUGAAAGAUGAACUCAAGCAGGAGCUGCGCCAGGAGUUAAAGCAACAGCAGCGACGCGCCGUUUAUGUGGACGAGGCAGCGAAUACCCAGCGGCAUAAUGCGCGAAAAAUGUCGCUCACCGAGACGCGUAUUCAACGCUCCGAGGAGCAAUUGCAAUCGAUAGCCAGGAAAUCGAUUGCACCAUUGCAGCGUGCACGCAGCACUGAGCCGAAGCGUCUGCUCAUGGGCAAGGAGGCCAAGGAGGCGCAGAAAUCAAAACCCUGGCGUUAGUUUGUCUACAACGUUUAGCCAAGGUCAAAUGACCGCAACCAAACCCUUCCAUAAGGCUCUUCUUUAACCCGUUCCCUUAACCCUUUUCCUAACCUCCAUCCAUAAUCACUCCUACCUAGAUCACCUUUCCUUAACCCUUCCCACUCCUCUUCCUCCUCACCUUUCCCUAACUAUACUCACUUAACAAUGCAUCUUCCUCGUUAACUCACCUGCCUUAAUCUCCCAGCUUAACCCCUUCUUACCUAACCCUACCCCACAUAACCCGCAUCGCUUAAGCUUCCACCUUCCUACCCUCCUCCCCCAUCCCUUUCCCAUUCCCCUAUCCCUUUCCCAUUCCCCAGCCCCUACCCAAUCCCAACGAUACCCAACAUAGUUUUUUUUUUAUUUACUUUUCCGUCGUAUAAUUUGCAUAGAUCUAAAUUGAGGCUAGACCUAUUUAUUUUUGUUUUCCUAGGAGUUUUAGGAAUUCUUGAAUUUAGUUGCUUUUGUGUGUAGUAAAUUAUAAAUAAUAAAAAUCGCUAAUAUAGGAACCGAAGUAGAUAA